AUGGACACUCACAGCGAGACUCCUUUUCCUGGUUCGACUCGAAAGAGAAAGCUAAACGACCCCCACUCGCUUCAAAACACCGAAGACGCGGACGACUCGUGGGUAGACGUUUACAAAAACAUUAAGCGAAUGGAUACGCUAUACGAUGCCACAUUCUACAACUGGUUGAAAUCAGAAGACAACGUAGUCGUAAUAUCAAUGUAUUUGCAUCGCAUUGCUAAUCAAUAUCCGCUACCGAGGAUCAUUAACGCCCUGAAGUGGUUGAUUAGCGACUGGAGAUUGGAAAGCAUUGCAGUGUUGGUUAAGCAAGUUACCGUCGAUUGGAAAGGGAAUGAAGGCGACUCUCGUCGUGGAACACUUCUCCGCCAUAUGACUCACAACUGGGCUCCGCAAUUUACCGCAUCACUUAUUGCCAGCAUUCUCACAGCACCUCCAUAUACUACAUCAACAUCGUAUGCCGCAUCUAUAGCAACCAUAAAUGCUGCAAGGCAACGGUUCCUGAAAGCGUUAACGAGCGACUAUGAUUUCUCAAAGUUGUCAGAGUUUUUAAUGUAUCUGGGAUCGCAAUUGUCCUUGUCAUCUUCUUCAUCCUCGUCGGUUGCGGGUUGCGUUAGUAACAGCAAUGGAGACGGAAUAAUAGUCGGAGGAACAGUAGCUUCAUCCUCGUCGUUUUCCUUCUCUUCGUCAUCAACACUCGCCUCGAAUCAGUCCAUUCAACAUGAACACAUAGAAACAAUUGAGCUUGAACACAAGAUAAAAGUUGCGCUGUUGAAAGAUGCAGCUGAAAGGGAAAACGAAGCAGAGUUGGAGAAAAAGAUUGCGAGGCGGUGCAGAGAACGAAGAGAGAGGGAGUCGGAUAGAGAGGGUGGAGAAGCAAAGAGGUUGAAAUUGAGCGACGAGAACGAGAAUAAUUGUGAUAAGGUUAUCGAACGUAUGGGAAACAGUAAUAAUGGAGAUAGACCCAGCGCGAGUAUUGCACCAAUUCUAAAGUUGGGAGAGAACGGAGAGGGCGUUAGUGUUGUUAUUGGAAGUUCAAAUUCGCACGGUCAUGGACAUGCGUUUGGAGGUCAGGCCGGUCAUGAUUGUCAGAGUAUCGAAACAGCAGUACCAAGUCAGGAAGGCCUUACAAAAAGUGUCCCAUCGAAUGAUGGGAGUAUGAGUGGCAGCGAAAUAUCUCUUCAAAGUUAUUAA